CGUUGGCGGCGGCCUCGGGGGGGGGGUCUCGGCGGGCGAGCAGCCGCCGCCUCAGGCCGGGCUCAGGCCCUGGCAGCCCCCCCCCGUCCCCCCGCCAUCGGGCGCUGGGGGCGCGGCCGCCCCGAAAGCGAAAGCGGCUCCCGGAGGCGGCACCGGCACCGACAGCCACGGGAGGGGCCGGCGGGCAGCGAGCUCCGGGGCAGGUACCGAGGGACUGGGCAGCAGGGGCCCCGUGGGGAAGGCAGUGGGUUGUGUCCGAGCUGGCCAUUGUGCCCAGCACAGAUGCAGGAGGAGAGGCCCAGAGUUGAGCUUCUGCAGGAAGACGGUCAGCGGUCUGCAGCAGCACGGCAGGAUUAAAAUAGCCAAGAACUUGCACAUAAUUAAGUAAAUUUUUGAAAAAAUAAGAGUAUAGUCUACUGCUAUGAGUGAUCAACUGGAAAAAGAAAGAUGUCAAGUUAAGAGGCUUUGACUGCUGUAACACCUAAACUGAAGCUUCCAUGGCCUGUGACGAAUUCGCUGGUCUCUCAGGCAUCUUCACACGCCAGAACUCUGCCAGUGCUGUUUCUCUGGACUUCGAACCUGAUGCUGACUACAAAUUUGUGGAAACCUUAGAGGACCGGUACAAGUGUGCCUACUGCCACCUAGUCCUUCACAAUCCCCACCAGACAGGAUGUGGUCACCGAUUUUGCCAGCAGUGCAUUCUUACCCUGCGAGAAUUGAAUGCAGUACCCACCUGUCCUGUCGACAAAGAAACAAUAAAAAUGCACGAGGUAUUCAGAGACAACUGUUGUAAAAGAGAAGUUCUGAACUUGCAUGUGUUCUGCAAAAACUUUCCUGACUGCAAUUCAAAAAUAAUCCUGGGGCGAUAUCAGGAGCAUCUUCAGCAGUGUUUGUUUGAAAGCCUGCAGUGCACCAACGAUGGAUGUUGUGAUCAAAUCCUUCGGAAAGAUCUGAAAGAUCACUUGAGUCAGCACUGUAAAUUUCGAGAAGAAAUGUGUCAGUACUGUAAUAAAUAUGUGAUGUUAAUUAACAUAAAGAAUCAUGAGAAAGAUGACUGUCCUGAUUAUCCCGUGCCUUGUGUCCAAAACUGCUCACAAAUCAUUCUGAAAAAGGAGAUUGAAAAGCAUCACACUGUGUGUCCCGAGACUGAAGUAGACUGCCCGUAUAAGCAGUAUGGCUGUCUUAUAAAGGUUAAAAGAGGGAAACUUGCUGAACAUGAAAAUGGUGCCCUGAGGGAACACAUGCUGCAGAUUUUGGACAAGAACUCUAGAUUGGAAGAACAGAUAUCUGACCUGUACAAGAGCCUGGAAUCUAAAGAGAUUAAAAUCCAGCAGCUAGCAGAGGCUGUUAAAAAGUGUGAGAAAGAAUUCAGACAGUUUACACAACUGUUUGGUAAAAAUAGCAACUUGAUGGUAAGCACGCAGGCUCUUGCCAGUCACCUGGAUAAAUCUGCACGUCUGGAAUCGCAGGUGAAACAGCUAAUACAGAUGGCAAACCAGCAGCAAAGUAAACUAGACUUGCGACCCCUGUUUGACACAAUUGAAAAUGUAAAACAGAAGAUUGCCCUUAUGGAGUCAUACGAUCAGCGCUUAGUUGUUUUGGAAGGCCAAUCCAGCAAACAUGAUCUCCAAAUCAAUAUUCACAAAGCACAGCUCAAUAAAAAUGAAGAACGAUUUAAGCUUUUGGAAGGCACGUGCUACAGUGGGAAAUUAAUUUGGAAAAUCACGGACUAUAAGAUGAAGAAAAAAGAAGCAGUGGAAGGCCGUGUGCUCUCUAUAUUCAGCCAGCCUUUUUACACCAGCCGCUGUGGGUACAGGUUAUGUGCGAGAGCAUAUCUGAAUGGGGAUGGCUCAGGCAAGGGAACGCACGUCUCGCUUUACUUUGUAGUCAUGAGAGGCGAGUUUGACUCAUUGUUGCCUUGGCCUUUCAAGCAAAAAGUUACGCUUAUGCUGUUGGACCAAAGUGGGAAAAAAAAUCACAUUGUGGAAAACUUUAGAGCUGACCCCAACAGCAGCAGCUUCAAAAGGCCGGAUGGAGAAAUGAAUAUUGCCUCUGGAUGCCCGCGCUUUGUGCCGCACACGGUUCUGGAGAACACAAAGAAUACCUAUGUUAAAGAUGACACGCUGUUCUUAAAAGUAGUUGUGGAUUUAACUGAUCUGGAGGAAUUGUGAAAAAAGCACCCAAUCAAUAUGACUGCUUUAAUUAUUAAGAAAUGCUUUCUUUGUGACUACCAGUCAUGCAAUAGUGAAUUGCCACUAGUCGAGCUACUGAUAUGUUUUGAGGCUUUUGGACUAUGUAACAGAUAAUGAAUUGCCAAAGCGUCAGCCUUCCCUUUUUUAACCUUUUUUCAGGGCUGCAGUUUCAAGGCAGCUGUAAAUCCAGUGUGAUGUGAACAUGCAUUCAGUCCGGUGCUUUGACCUGUCUUAGUGCCGGCUGGGUGUGAAUGCUUGGCUCACAUCACAAAACCGGUGUUCUGAGACGAAAAUCAUCCUGUAAACUCUGCGGAGCCCAAGCAGGCCUGUGGGCUCCUGUCACUCUCACACAAUGUGCAAGUGCAUUGCACUUGUCUGAAAUGGAAACAUUUUGACAUUAGCUCAUUUGAAUCAAUGUAUCAUGAUCCCUUAAUCUCCUGGAUUUUUGAAGCAGUGAGAAAUGGCUUCAGCCAGACAUUUGUCAGGGAUCUUGCAUUCCUUUUUUGUUGCCAUUUUCCUUCAAGGAAGCCCAAAGGAAGAUGCCAAUGCCUCUUACUUUUCUAGCCUGAUAUUUCAGCUAUAUAGGAGGUCACAACAGCUUUGUUAAUGUCUUUUCCAUUCCUGCCUAGUGCCUUGGGACUGAUUUCCAUUGGUGAUCAACAUCCACAGUCCCCACCUGAAGUCAAAAGAAGCCGUAUGUGCUUCUCACCUCUCAGGACAUGGCCAUAAGUGAGGUACUCAGCCAGCCUGCCACCUUUUGGCUGUACUGCCAAGGGAGAACAAAUUUCUCUUUUUUGCUUCUUCAGCUGUGCAAAAGAGAUGCUUUCUGGCCUACCAGCUCUACAGAAGGCAGGAAUAGCUUUGAAUAUCUGUUAGGGAAAAAGCCCACAUAACAUGCAUCGUUCCCCUCUUCUAGAAAUUUAGAUGUUUGGGAAUGAAGGGGGAAAUGGAUUAGGGAAUGAGGCUUGGGAGUGAGGUUGCUGUAGGAACACGGUUCUCACAGGUGGUAGUGCACCCCUAGCAUUUGUUGAAAGGAGAGAGAGCUGCUGAGCAAUAACUGCUAGCUGUGAAGCACUUCUGAAGAUCUUCAUUUUUAUCCCAAGUUCCUGCCAUAUUGCAAGGGAGCGUGUGCAUUGUAUGUCAUUUAUUGGAGACACACUAAAAAUGCCAAGAUCAGGCACGAAACAAUAAAUAAUGAAGUAUUUAUGUGCCUUUUUGUAGCCUUUUAGGUGCUUGUAAGAGGGAUGUCAUUUUGCACACUCGGUCAUUUUGCUGUUAGAAGUGACAGAAUUUUGUGUCCCUCAUCUCUUACAGAUCAGGUAAUAAAGCAUUGAAAUGUUAUCCAUUGCUCCUGCAGUCCAGUGGCAGAGCAAAGCUGAAGCUUUUGAAAGGGAUAAUAUGAAAUCACGCUGUGUUUAGAGUAAGACUAAACUAGGCAGGAUAAAAAUCAAAAUGGGGCACAGACUGCAAGGUAUAAGGUAGAAAAUUCAAGAGGGCAAAUGUGGCAAAAUCAGAAAUGCCUUUUCUGUGCAGAAUGUUAAUAUCGACUGAAAUAAUGCGAUUGGGGAUUGUCAGUAAGAUGAAGGCAAAAUACCAUAUUUUAUACCUGGAAGCUCAUUGCUAGGCAUUUACUUUUCCACACAGUUUCUAAGACGUAAUUCAGACUCAUGAAUUUUCAAAUUUGAAGGGUAGGGGAGGAAAAACCUUAGUUAUUUGUAUGUCCUAGUAAGGUAGCGCAUCUGGAAACUUUGUUUUCAUUUAGAUGCUCUUUCUGUUGUACAAUGUCAGUACAUGCUGGGCCACUGUUGGGGUUUUCAAUGUUCCCAGACAGAUGACGAAGACCAAAUUUUAUUAUUUUUUUUACCACCAUGACUGACUUUUACAGUCCUUUUUGUCCAUACAGCAGAGAGAACUAGUCCUUAUGUCCUUAACACUUUGUUACAGAAUGAGUAAGCUUGUUUUUAAGAUGUUGUGGCAUUCUAGGACAUCAAUCCUGAGCCUCUGAUGUGGACUUCACAUUGAUUGUUACUUUCAUAUUUGUCAUGUAACUUCCAAAGUGGUACAGCUUGCCUAAUAACCACAGAUGGAACCGUGCCAGCUGCAUAUCCUAGGACUCUCCAGUACAUGAAGUGUAAAAUUAAAGAAAUGACAACAUGGAGAACUGGAGCAAGAGGGAAGGGAUGCGGUCUGUGUCUGGGCGAGUUACCAGUCCCCUCUGCCUCCACCACCCCGAGCGUAAAAUGGGGAUAAUAAUACUUGCAGCAGUGUUAGGACCGUUUAAAUGUUUGUGAAGAAUUUUGAGCAUGAGAAGAGCUAAGUAUUAUUAAAACUCCAUUCCUAGCUGUUAGAAUUGGUGAUGGUGUAGUGAUGUGGAUACGUGUUUGGUGUGUUGCUGGACACAGCUUGAGAGCAUGUUUGGUCGUAGAAAGUUCAUACUGCAAUCUCUCUACUUACAGUAGGUUUUGUUGUUUGUCAUGAAUAUUCCUGUUAAAAUUUUGAAGCACAAACAAUUCAUCCUGGGUGAUGUAAGCACCCCUUUUGAAAUACUGCCUGUUUUAUAACGAAUUAGUUGAGAAAAUCGAUUUUUUUAAAGACGACCUUAUUUAAACCGGAUCGUUUUGUUACAGUGGCUGAGAGUUGUACGUUUUAAGAUUUUCAGCGAUUUUUACUACUUGUACACUGGAUUUUAAAUUUCAUUCCAUUCCCAAUAAAGAAAAGAAACAAUGGUG